AGUACAGGUCAUAGGUUAGAAAACCCGCGAAACGAAGCAGCAACAGAGCCGCGCUUUCCAACACGUAUCCAUAUCGGCCAGGGAGGCAACAUGCCCAAGAGGAAGAGAUUGGAGGAAAGCAAAGGUGACCAGAUAAUCACAAAGUUCUUUCAGAGGAGCACACAAACAGCCAGAAAUGCAGCCAGUAGUGCGGUGACAACCCAAAGUAAGAAAAGAUCAGCAACACAAGUACACAGAGCACCAACUACCCGACGAGCCAUGUCAUCAUCACGGGCCUCCACCAGCAAGGAGGGUAGCUCCUCUGGCAGCAACCCUGCUUCAGCUAGUGCCUCUGCCUCAAAGCAUUCAUCCACUGCAUCCAAGCCAUCUCCUACAAAAAGUAAAGAACCCCAGACUGACACUUCUCCGAUACUAGAGGCCUUCAAGAGGCAAGAGCAGAGGCAGAGACAGAAAGCAGCCACCAGGAGCAACACUAAGGAGGAUGGACAAGAAGACUCCGGGCCUCUCUCAAAGCAAGGUUCAUCCAAGAAAGACAUACAGGCAUCUGGUCUUACUUCUGCAGACACAUGUGGAGAGAUGGCUAGAAUGGGAAUACAGGGUUCUAAGGAGAAGGCUUUACCCAAGAGGAGACUAGAGUAUGAAGGUGGGGACAAAACAGAAGAUGGAUCAAAGAAGAAGCAGAAAUCUGAUGUGUCAUUCAAGAUAAGUGACUCCAAACGAGAGGAGUUCAAAGCCAAUUUAUCUUCCUCACCAAGGUUUAAGAUCAAGCCAGAAACACUACCAAAGAAAGCCAAGGAAACUUCCUUGACAGAGAAUCUAAACACAGAAAGUACAGAGGAACCUGGGACAGAGAAUCUUCAAAGUCAAUCAGGUGAAGGAAGUAGCAGCCAAGCAGACAAGCCCAAGACUGCUGAGGAACAAGAUGCAGAAAGUGGACCAUUAGCCCACAGUUAUCUAAAAGUGCAGAAGUUGCCAGCAGGCAGCUUGAGGAUAUCGGAGGCAUCAAAGAAGGCAUUUCAGGAGAAGAUCAAGGCUUCACCUUUGAAAUUAGCUACAGAUGUCCCAAAGGAAGAAAAAGAAAGUACAUCUGAAAUAAAUCAAGAACACCCAGAGCAAAUGGGAGGUGAUGAAACGUAUCACAUCACGCCACUUAAAAUCAGGGCUUUCUACCCCUUUGAAAAAGGGCAUGUCUCACCAUUGGAUAGAAGUCUGCCAAGUGGGCCUGGUAAAUGUCAAGUCACAAAAACACCCCAAAGUAAAGGAGAAGAAAUCGUGCCUGGAAGGACACUUGGCAAGGUCACAGAAUCGCAGGAGAAACCCAGAGGGGUGAUGAGUCUGUUCCAGGAGCUGAAGUUAUCAGUUAAAGAUAAGCAGGACCAAGAAGAUGAAACUUCUAAAGAUUCUUACGAUCAGUCUGCAACACCAACAAGGAGUAGUCAGCCUGCUGGGGAAAAGACUGCCUCCUCUAUCAAGAUGAAUAUCGCAAAGUUAAAACAGAUCAUCAAGGCACCAAGCCUCUCUCCGCAGACCUCUGCUGCUAAUUCUCCUGCCCCCUCAGACAAGGGAGGGGAGAAUGGGGAGGGGGGCACAGACACCAAACCAUUGUCUGUGACUGAGAGUUUAAGAAAGGGGGAGGAUGUAGAACUUCCGGAAGUCGAUAAUGACAAGCAACAGGCUGAUCACACCAAACUGCAGAGAAACCUCUUUUCCACACUUACCACUGUGGAGGAACAAGUUGGCGACUCAAAAGUCAAACAUUCCGUUCUUGCCAAAUGUGAUCAGGAAGACAGUGAACCAGAAGAUGUAUGUCUGGAUGAGAGCAAAGCUUUUGACUCUGACGAGGAAUUUGGACUUGAGAGUGAUGACAGUGAUGACGACCUUCUCCUUAUGCCUGUUGCAAACCUGAAGGAUAUCCAAUCAGCCAGUCUGAGACCCCCACCAUCUACUCCCCAGAAGCUGUCAGAGAGCCAGGAGAUCCCAUGCAGCCCCAUGAGCCCGGCCAUGGAGGUCCCAGUACCCAGGGAUGUCAACUUCAAGUUCUCUCUGGAUGAUCUUCUUGCUGAACAGAACAAAACUGUUGGUCGCGAGCCGCGCCGUCUGCGUGAUGUCACAGACGAGCUGAUGGCAGACGUGCGGCAGGGCGGGUUCCGCCGCAUGGUGGAUGAUCUGGAACGGGAGGAACAAGAGGGCAGCGAUUCUGAUAAGGAGGGGAAGCUAGAGAACCCAAAGCACAAAAAGUUUGUGCGAGACAGGAACCUAAAGAAAAUGGAGAUUCCUGACAUGCAUCCUGGGGAAGCUGUGUUCAACCCCAAGGACAUGGGCAGGUUAUUUGACUUCCCUGGGUCCCUGACCCUUGCGUCGUGUGGACUGGAGCCCCCCCUGGACCAGGAAGACCCCCUCCACCUUCUCCUCACCAGCCCAGACUGUGUGGAGGACAUGCUGACCAGUGGCACGUUAGAGGACAUGUAUGCAUACGAUGUGUGCCCAGAACCACUGCAGAGGUGGCUCUUCUUCGUCAUGUGCAUCAGUAGGGACCAACACACUGCCAACUCUGCCUACAAGACUCUCACAUCCAUCCUCAUGUCCAACUUGAGUUUGGAAGAAGAUGGCGGCCCAGUGUGGCUGCCAUGUCUGGCUGAUGUCACCAGAGCACUGCUCAACUAUGGAGCACAGCUGCCUGAUCUAUAUCCCCUUACUUCUGCCAGACCGUCAUUCAAUGAGGAGGAUAUCAGCUUGCCUCUACAUGAUGCUGAGAAGGAGAACCAGAAUGGGAACAUACCAUCUGAUACGAGGGGGGGUCAGGAGGGACACAGAAGACUUCCUGCCGUAAACCUGAUCUAUAUGCUACAGACUCUCAGCAAAUUGAAUGCUCCUCCCAGAAAUGACACACUCCAUAUAUACUCUGAGCAGGACCUGAAGCACCUGAUGUAUAUGUUGUGUCGGACACUUCUUGAUGUGCAGCUGAGAGGGUUAGCGGUGCAGUUUGAGUUCCAGAACUGCAUAGCAGAGAUUUUGGACUGGUUUGAAGAGGAUAGUUGGCCAGAGAUAGUUGCAGAACUGUGCAGUUCCCUCCCCCACCUCUCUUCCCACCACCACAACCUGCUGACACUGGCACGCCACAUGCCAUGUACAGAACGGGGCAGGUACUUACAGAGAAGACUGAGCCUUUGUAUCAUGAGGAAGCUGCUCAGGCAAGGCAGGGAUAGGGAGGGUUCCACAGAGGUCAGGCAGAGGAUUGGAACAGACAGCAUGGACACUGAUUUCCAGUUGACAGAGUUGACACCACUCCUGCCAGACUGCCAGAUGAAGAAUAUCCUGGUCCUGGUGUCGUUAGAGCGGGAGUCUCAGAACAGCAGCCAGGAGAGCGACGAUGGCGGCCGGAGCUUUGAGAACGACAGAGAGGCGUACUAUCUACUCAGCAGCCUGGUACACCUGAUAGACAUGGUGGUGGGGAAUGAACCUCUACCCACCAGUCAGCGGGAUGACCUUGUGCAGGUGAUUCAGCAGUUGAACAGCAUUUCUGGGAACAUCAGGGACAACAUCAAGCUCUUCCACAGGUCAAAGGUGAAGAACUUGGUGAUGCGCACAGUUGAUAAGCUGAACAUUUUAAAGGAUGGGAUGGGGAGUACGAAUCAGCGACCCCUGUUUGACUAUACGAAAGACCAAAACAGCGGACGGGAGGAGAGUGGUUCAUCCCCAAUAUGGAAGUCAGGACAACUGUCAGAAACCAACUGUGAAGACAGUGAGUCAGGCACACACCGCAGUGGGCGACUAUCAGCCAUGAGCGUGGAGAGCAAUGUGACAGGCACGGCUUCAGCUAGACUGGCUAGCCCUGAAGAUGAGGACCAGCAUUCACCUACAGAACACGCUAUAGAACAAGAAGGACAGCAUAUGACUUAGCUGUGUAUACCGAAUAUUACAUUAUUUUGUACAAUGCCCUUUUGUCUAGAGAAACGCAAUACUGUACAGAUACUAGACUUUUCAAGAAGACACAUACAUGCAUGUAUACAUUGUAUCACUCUAUUGUUUUACAUGUCACAUACUUAUUUAAACAAACAACUACACUUUGUUUGAUACAGCACUCCACCCAUGUUUACUGGAGGUGAGUUUGCAGAAAAUAGCCUUCCGGAGUUACAUGUACUCAAUGAUACAUGUAUGUCAUGUUUGCUUUCUGUGGAAUUCUACAGUAUGCAUAAGGUUACAUACUAGUAUCAUGGAGGUACAAAAAGACUCUACCUCCAUGAUAGUAUUCAUAAAGAACACAUUGUUGCUGUUGUUCUAAGUUACAGGCAAAAGCUUUUUUCUCGCACAAUAUCACUUUACAUGUUCAACACACCAGUUUUCAUACUUGAACCGAAGAUGUUAUUUUUAACACAAAUCACUUGAUCAGUAACAUUGUACAAACAUGUGGUAAAAGGAUUAAAACAAAUAUAAGAAGAAUCA